CUACGAAGGGGUAUGUGUAUAUCUAUGUGCACAGAGGUUUUAAGUGAGCUUGCCUGAAUUAUAAAACACAAAACAAAUUGAGACAGAGAAGGGGUAAGAAAAAAGAGUGAAGCCAGUUUUACAUCCCAAUGUAGGACUGAGAUUUUCUGGAGGGAGACGGCACGGGAAUGCAGGACGUUAAACUCGAUGAUUUCAUUUGCCAUCUUCGGAAAGAAAUGAUAAAUAUGAAGGAGGCGGGAGCAUGCCUUCGGGAUCAGAUGCAGUGCAUGAUGCAGGCUCUGCAGGACCUGAAGCAGAUCCACAACAUCAGCAGCCUGAGCCUGAGGGAAGAGGAGGGACAGAGACCUCUGCCACCUCCCAAGGGCAGGACCACGCACAGCUUCACGUCCGAUAUCUCAGAAUCAGACACGUACGACUCGGCCUGUUGCCUGGCAUCUCCCAGGAGCGAGGAGGAAGGGAGCCCUUCAGUAUUUGCAUCAAACUCCAGUGACAGGAGCUUGGAGUUCGACUCGGGCUAUUCGGAGGCCUCUGGGCCAACACUGACGAAGGCCGCACGUGUUGGAAGCUCACCUUGCCUGAGAGAAAACAGACUUCCCCCUGUUGGGAUUUUGAGAAACAAGAUUGGCCUUGGGCCAAACAAAAAAAUAAGACCCAAGUCUACCUCCGAUGUUUACUCAGAACGGUCCACUUGGAAGAUAUUUGACUAUGGGGAUCCCAAUGACUGGACAGUGAACUUGCUCUCCCAGAGCAGGAACAGGCAGCCCUUGGUACUGGGAGACAAUUGCUUUGCCGAUCUGGUGGAAAACUGGAUGGAUCUACCGGAGGAGGCGGACGAGAUGGUGGAACCAAGGGGCAGGGAUCACUCCAGCAGGUGGCUUGGGAAGCCUCACGAGUUCAUCCUCAACAUCUCGGGAAAUGUCAGGCGCAAACUGGCCAACAUCUCCAGAUCUGAUAGGUCAAAGAGCACGGAUCCAAAGCACCAAAGCAGCAGAGACAACAGCCAUGCGCACAUGCAAUCAAAGAGACUCUCUUGUCCGACAAAUUUGGCUAAUUAUAUGCCAAAGCUCUCUUAUCUCCACCGUUCUCACUCUAGUCUACCCCAGACACAUGAAGCAUCAACAGACUUUGAUAAAUUCAUUGCUUUGAUGAAAAGCAGAAGUCGGAAGCCAAUUAUUUGCAAGGACACAAUUAGUUAUGUAUAGAAUAAACAAAACGGACAUUGAAGCUAAUGCUUGCAAUAUGAGGCGUAUAUUUAAUCCCAUUUUUUAUAUCUCUUUUUUGAUAUAAGCCAAAAUGUAUAAACCCAUUUAGUUUGUGUCCACCAUACAUUUUUAUAUUUUAUACAUUGUCUUAAAAUAAACACGAAGAAUUAUUUUAA